AAUGAAUUCGCGUACCCAUCUCCUCUCUCUCACUGGUCUCCCACAGUGAACCGCUGGACAGCUCCCGCUACGAGUAUACAGAGGCUGCAUGUCCGUUCCUAAGUCUUGGGGAUUUCUACCGCGUUACGCUUGGAGCCUUUGCGCAGAAAAAGAUGGAGAACUAACGGUUUUAGUUGUUGCUUCAUAACUUGGAAACUUAUCACCGCUGUACCUGCUUUUUGUUGCUAUUGUAUUAGGAGAUUUUUUUUUGUUGUUGUUGGGAGCAAGCAACCAGUUCCAUACGCACCACGUUAACGAACUGAUCCGUGCGUUGUGUGGUUUUUAGAGAAGAAUUGUUGUGUGAUAGUGGGACUAGUGUCGCUCAGCGGUGAAGUGCAAUCAUGGACGGAUCAUUUGGAUGUAUUUGCCUGAAAAUACUUUCGGUAUUUGUCUGGUUAUGCUAUCUCGCCGGCGAUUCAACAUCAUAUAGUGCAGAGACCUCAUCGUCAUCCCCGUCCCAGACAGGCCAGGUGUUCGUGGACUUCAGCUUGGUUCUGGAACCCCAGGACACGGUGAUAUUACGGGGCGGUGUUCUCCAGCUGGACUGUGAGGCUCAGUCAGACCAAGGUAUUCCAGUCAUCGUCUGGAAGAAGGACGGAGUGUUGCUCAGCGCCGUGGUGGACGAGAGGAGACAGCAGUUCCCUAACGGUUCUCUAGUGGUCCAGAACGUGGUUCACUCACGACACCACCGACCUGACGAGGGGUCCUACCAGUGUCUGGCAGCGCUAGAGGGAGUAGGUGCCAUUGUCAGUCGGACGGCUAAAGUCACUGUCUCUGGUCCGUUGAAGCUCGUGGUCCCUACAGAGUCAGUGUCCUCCUACCUGGGUGACACGGCUCUACUGCGCUGUGAGGUGACUGGUGAUCCCAUGCCCGUGGUACGCUGGCAGAAGAACAGAGAGGACCUGCCCCUCACCUUAACCCCAGAGAGCAGAGUGGUGGUACUGCCCUCUGGAUCGCUCCAGGUUAGCAAGGUUCAACCACCAGACUCUGCCACCUACCGCUGCCUGGCGGACAACCCUGGCAGCGCCCGCACCGGCAGUGAUGCAGACCUACGCGUGUUGCCAGAGCCUGGGACCACCAGGGGCCUUAUUUUCCUCCAGCAGCCCCAGAGAGUGACCUCCCUCCUGGGGAGAGAUGCUGUGUUGGAGUGCUCCGCUUCGGGCUUCCCCACCCCCGCCUUCCACUGGACGAGAGGAACUGAGAUUAUCCAGAGCAGGUCUAAGAAGUACUCCCUGCUGGGCGGCAGUAACCUCCUGAUCAGCAGUGUAACAGACGAUGAUUCAGGCUCCUACAGCUGCGUGGCGUUUAACAAGAACCAGAACAUCACGGCUUCCUGUGAGCUGUCCGUUCUCGUGCCACCCCAGUUCCUGAACUACCCCACCAACACGUAUUCCUAUGAGAGUACGGACAUGGAGCUGGAGUGUGCUGUAACGGGGAACCCUCCUCCUACGGUGCGCUGGAUGAAGAACGGAGAGGAGGUCAUCCCCAGUGACUACUUCCAGAUCGUUGAUGGCAGUAACCUCCAGAUCCUUGGUCUGGUGAAGUCAGAUGAAGGUUUCUAUCAGUGUGUAGCUGAGAAUGAAGCAGGGAACGCCCAGGCUAUGGCCCAACUCAUACUGAGAGAGCCAGAACCAGUAGCCAGCCCAACACCAGCUCCUCAGGUCCCUAGCCCUGAGUCCCCUACUUCUCUGACUUACUCCUCUCCUCCCCCACCAGUUGUCCCCAGCUCAGGUGUCCUCCUCCCCUCUGCUCCCCGUGACGUGGCCCCUGUCCUCGUGUCCAGCCGUUUUGUUCGCCUCAGCUGGCGCCCCCCGCAGGAGACCAGAGGAACUGUCCAGACCUACGGCAUCUACUACUCCCAGGACACGGUCAACAGGGAGAGGUCUGUGAAUGUGUCGGAGCCAGAGACCCUCCAGUUGACUGUCAGUAACCUGAAGCCAGAGGAGACCUACUCCUUCAGAGUGGUGGCCUACAACGACAACGGCCCUGGAGAGAGAUCUGAGACACUCAAACUCACCACGCCACCAGAGCUGAAGGUCCCUGGGCCGGUGGAGAACCUCCAGGUAGAGUCCAUCUCUCCCACCUCCAUCCAGGCCUCCUGGGACGCCCCGGUCUACGCCAACGGUCCCCUGCUGGGCUACAGACUGCUCUGGACCGAGAUACCCUCUCGCAAGGAACAGAGUGUGGAGGUGAACGGGCAGAGUUAUAAGAUGGAGGGACUUCAGAAGUUCACAGAGUACUCGUUAUGUGUCCUGGCGUUGAACCGCUACGGCCCUGGGAUCAGCACAGAGGACAUGAGCAUCACCACGCUUUCUGAUGUACCAAGUGGACCUCCACAGAACAUAUCCUUGGAAGUAGUUCUGUCAAGAAGCAUUAAGGUGAGCUGGCAGCCCCCUCCUCCCAACAGCCAGAACGGGUUCAUCACCGGCUACAAGCUCCGAUACCGGAAGACCGGCCGACGAGGAGACCAGGAGGCCAUCGAACCUAACAACUUCUGGUACCUGUUUACAGGCCUGGAGAAAGGUAGUCAGUACAGUUUCCAGAUAGCUGCCAUGACAGCUAACGGCACGGGCCCAGCCAGCGAGUGGUUCACCGCCGAGACGCCAGAGAAUGACCUUGAUGAGAGCCAAGUCCCGAACCAGCCGAGUUCCCUCCACGUCCGACCACUGCCCAACAGCAUCAUCAUGAGCUGGACUCCUCCCCUAAACCCCAACAUCCUAGUACGGGGUUACAUCAUUGGCUACGGAGUAGGAAGUCCCUACGCUGAGACGGUCAGGGUGGAUAGCAAGCAACGAUACUACGCCAUAGAAAACUUGGAGCCCAGUUCCCACUAUGUAAUCUCCCUAAAGGCGUUCAACAAUGCAGGAGAGGGUGUCCCCCUGUAUGAGAGUGCUGUGACCAGGUCUAUAACAGACUCCGUUGAUCCGUCAGACGACGAUCUGUUCCAUCUGUUUGAUAAAUAUCCUACUCCCAUGCCAGAUACGUCCACCCCCAUGAUCCCCCCAGUAGGUGUCCAGGCCGUGGCCCUGACCCCAGACUCUGUCAGGGUCAGUUGGGCAGACAACUCCAUGACCAAGAAUCAGAAGACCACUGAAGUCCGUUACUACUCCGUCAAAUGGAAGACCAGCUAUUCUACUAGUGGGAAGUUCAAGUCUGCAGACACUACAGCCCUCAGCCACACCGUCACUGGUCUCAAGCCCAACACCAUGUACGAGUUUGCUGUCAUGGUUACCAAGGGCCGUAAGUCCAGCACGUGGAGUAUGACCGCUCACGCUACUACGUACGAAGCAGCUCCCAGCUCCGCCCCUAAGGACCUGACGGUGAUCAGCAGGGAGGGAAGACCCAGAGCCAUCCUGAUCAGCUGGCAACCCCCCAUGGAGGCUAACGGACGAGUUGUGGGCUAUAUCCUGUACUACACCCUGGAUAAGAACAUGCCUAUAGAUGAUUGGGUAAUGGAGAGUAUCAGUGGAGAUCGUCUGACCCACCAGGUGAUGGACCUGAACCUGGACACUGUCUACUACUUCAGGAUCCAAGCUAAGAAUGCCAAGGGAGUGGGUCCCCUGUCAGACCCCAUCCACUUCAGGACUAACAAAGUGGAACACCCAGACAAGAUGGCUAACGAUCAAGGUCGCCAUGGAGACGGAAGCUACUGGCCCUCUGACAACAAUCUGAUUGAUAGGAGCAGUCUGAACGACAUUGGUCAGAUGCGUCCUCCUCACGGCAGCGUGACGCCCCAGAAGAACAGCAACCUCCUGGUCAUCAUCGUGGUCUCCGUGGGAGCCGUUACCGUGGUAGUGGUCGUCAUAGUAGCGCUCAUAUGCACCAGGCGCUCCUCCGCACAACAGAGAAAGAAGCGUGCCACUCACAGUACAGGGAAGCGGAAAGGUAGUCAGAAGGACCUGAGACCUCCAGACCUGUGGAUCCAUCAUGAGGAAAUGGAACUGAAGAACAUUGAGAAGCCUGCCAGUGCCGCCCCCUCUGGAUGUGAUUCGCCCAUCCAGGGUUCCAUCCAGGAAAUCCGGUCUCAGUCUGUCAGUCACAGCCAAUCAGAGAGUCAGAUGGGAAGCAAGAGCAGCCACUCAGGUGUGGACAAUGACGAGGCUUCCAGCUGCAUCUCUACGUUAGAGCGCUCCCUAGCUGCCCGGAGGGCAACACGUACCAAGCUAAUGAUCCCCAUGGACUCUCAGCCCAGCAACACCCCUGUUGUCAGUGCCAUCCCAGUGCCAAUUCUGGAGAGCAGUCAGUACCCUGGCAUCCUGCCCUCGCCCACCUGCGGGUACAACCAUGGUACUCUGACCACCCACCCCAAGUUCACGCUGAGACCCAUGCCCUUCCCCAGCCUCACCGUGGACCGAUGCUACGCAGCAGGUAGAACGAUGUCGACAGAGGGUUCCACUCCUCUGGGAGUGCAGCAGCAGCAGCAUAGUUUGAUUACCAGCAGUAGCAGUCAGCCAGGUGUAGGAGGAGUAGGAGGUGGAGGUGAGCUCUCUCUACCUGGCACAGAAGAGGUGGGGGCCACAUCCACCCGUACCAUCCCCACUGCCUGUGUCAGGCCAACACACCCCCUACGAAGCUUCGCCAACCCCCUCCUGCCACCACCCAUGGGCGCCAUCGACCCCAAGGUCUACACGCCUAUGAUGCCACAUUCAAGUGCCAGCCUUCCCAAGCCAACAGUAAAAACAGCAUCUCUGGGGCAAGCUGGCAAAGCCAGAUCACCACUACUACCUGUCUCCGUGCCAACAGCUCCCGAGGUGGGUGAAGAGGGACAGAAACAGCCAGAAGACUCAGCCAAUGUUUACGAACAGGACGACUUGAGUGAACAGAUGGCGAGCCUAGAGGGACUCAUGAAGCAACUCAACGCCAUCACUGGCUCGGCCUUUUAACUCCAGCAGCCCUGGCAGAGAGUCCCACCCAGACAGUCCGUCAGACCUACGCAGCAGCACAGACAGAUAGCAGUACCAGUAUUACACCAUAGGGCAGGGCACAGAGAGGGGGGUAUGGUGUCAGAACCUCAGAAACACAGAUACUUCUCAACCCCCCCCCCCAAAUACUGUAACCAACCCUUCUAACAGACCUCUAUGUUACCCUAUAAUACUAUAACUAGUAACAGACCUAUCUGUAAACCUAUAAUACUGUAACCAGUAACAGACCUCUCUGUACCCCUAUACAUACUGUAACCAGCCCCCCCUAACAGACCUCUCUGUAAUCCAAAAACAAAAAGACUAACGAUUAAGGAGAAUCUAAAAGAUAAAGAAAUUCAUUUCCAUGUUUUCCCUAGUGUUGAUUUCCUUUUAAAACAUCACCUUUUGAGUUUUCAUUUAUCAAUGUUAAUUUUGGAGGGUUUCCUUGUGCGUUACUGGUGUAUUGGAUUGAACUUUGAACUAAAGGCACAAGUGUUACAGCUGGGUUUAUAGUAUUAGACCUUAGGAUUGUUUAUUAUCUCCAGACACCAACGUUUCCCUGGACCCCUGGUUCACCAACGUUUCUCUGGACCCCUCGUUCACCAACGUUUCCCUGGACCCCUCGUUCACCAAUGUUUCUCUGGACCCCUCGUUCACCAACGUUUCCCUGGACCCCUCGUUCACCAACGUUUCCCUGGACCCCUCGUUCACCAAUGUUUCCCUGGACCCCUCGUUCACCAACGUUUCCCUGGACCCCUCGUUCACCAACGUUCCCCUGGACCCCUCGUUCACCAACAUUUCCCUGGACCCCUCGUUCACCAACAUUUCCCUGGACCCCUCGUUCACCAACGUUUCUCUGGACCCCUCGUUGCCUGGUGAUGUUGUGAGACAACAUGGGAGGUCUCACCGUAACCACACCCUUACGGUGUUGGAAUGAAACGUACACCAACUCCUUGUGAACCUGAGGCUGUCCAAAUAUGGACACCAUACACACUCUCCCUCUUCUCUUUCCUAAAACAGUGACACAGUCAGUGACCACAGCCUAGAACAUUCUACAGGCUGUGAGGAACACUGGUUAGGCCCGGUACUGGAUCAUCUCAAUACGGACUCUACAGAGCCAACUUCAGACUCUGGAAAGUUCUGGAUCCUUGUUCAGGUCCAUCUCUGUUGCUGCUCCUCAACUGAACAUCUGCCCUGGUUAUGUUGCUACCCUAUCACAACUACAGACAGCUGUUUGGUGUUUUUUUUUGUUUGUUGCCAAAACGUAGCUUUGAAAUCAUUAGAUCAACAUCAAGAAUUAUAACCACACGCUCCAGUCAAUGUAUCAAUGGUCUUGGGACGUACUGGGACUCAAGACACUAUCAAGUGGUAUUACAAGGGUCGGAAGGCUUUUGUAUGAAUAUAUGAUAUUUACUCUGGACAAUCCAUUGUUUUGGUUAAAACCACCUUAUUCACCAUCCCAACAUACAGCGUUCUGUGCAUUAAAACCGUGAGAGAUAUUUUUUGUUGUUGUUGAUUAUGGUGGCGUUGAUGCUAUUGAUGAUUCGUUAUUAUAACAGUUAAGGUUUUCAUGAGACAAACACAUGUACCUCAGUUUAUGUAAGGUUGACUGACUAAUAAUGUGAUUAACAGUGUGUUCACCAAGGGGUUUGUUUUUGAUUCUAGUGCAUGGGGGAGGGGAGGUCAUUUUUAUAUGAUAAACAAUGCAUAUUAUUCCAUAUAGUAUAUUUUUACAUCAGCAGUUCUGUCAAAGCUGCAGUACAACUAUUUUUAAACCAAUUGAUUAAACCCUACUGGCUUCUAAUCUAGUUUUACAUUAUGGGGCUGCAUGGGCUGCUAUGCAUCACUGAGGAUAGAUACUGUACAUAACCUGAAGCCUGUUAACCAAACAUGGCAUCAAUAUGUACCACUUAAGUGAUAAAUGAAUCAUUAAUCGCCAUGGAAAUAGGACAUCAAUAUUCUCAUGUUUGAAUCUGGUAACCCACGGUAACUGUGCUCCCUUUAUCAUUGGCAAGCCUCUAUUUUUUUCCCCCUCUGUAGAUGGAUUGUCCCAGAGAGAUGUAGGGUUCGCUACAUUGUCAUUCAGAACAUGUUUAGAUUAGAACGCAGGAGAUAAAGGGUCAGCUGCAUUGUCAUUCAGAACAUGUUUAGAUUAGAACGCAGGAGAUAAAGGGUUCGCUACAUUGUCAUUCAGAACAUGUUUAGAUUAGAACGCAGGAGAUAAAGGGUUAGCUACAUUGUCAUUCAGAACAUGUUUAGAUUAGAACGCAGGAGAUAAAGGGUUAGCUACAUUGUCAUUCAGAACAUGUUUAGAUUAGAACGCAGGAGAUAAAGGGUUAGCUACAUUGUCAUUCAGAACAUGUUUAGAUUAGAACGCAGGAGAUAAAGGGUUCGCUACAUUGUCAUUCAGAACAUGUUUAGAUUAGAACGCAGGAGAUAAAGGGUUCGCUACAUUGUCAUUCAGAACAUGUUUAGAUUAGAACGCAGGAGAUAAAGGGUUAGCUACAUUGUCAUUCAGAACAUGUUUAGAUUAGAACGCAGGAGAUAAAGGGUUCGCUACAUUGUCAUUCAGAACAUGUUUAGAUUAGAACGCAGGGGAUAAAGGGUUAGCUACAUUGUCAUUCAGAUCAUGUUUAGAUUAGAACGCAGGAGAUAAAGGGUUGAAUUCAUUAUACUGUAUCAAAUUUUAGGAUUCAUAUUAGGACACCGACUGGAAAUAGUAACAAUGCUGAAUAUGGUAUUGAUGUCUGUGCCAGUGAGACAUUCAAAUGGUUUAGUAUAGAGGGAAAGAAAAGUUACAGAUCAGACGACUCAUCAGAAAACAAUGUCUUUAUUUCCUCACAACAAACUCUCAAGUGUGCUCUCAUUCUACGUUGUACCAUAGGUUUUUUGUUUGGAGUUUUUCUUUCAUCUGUUUGCCCUUCAAGGAAAAUUACACAACAAAAAAAAAAAUCUAGUUUUCAAAAUCUAGAACAUUGAAACUCCAGAACAUGUCACAGUAUGAUGCGUUUAGGACACGUUCUAGAUUUUAAAGUUAUACAUUUUGAAAACUUGAUUGCUGACCUGCGAAACAUUUUAGGAUUGUUCCAACAGUGGACUAAUGAAAUACAACAUUGUUUUUGGAGUGGUAUUUUCUUUUUAAGACUUUUAAAAAAAAAUGUAAUUUAAUUUGUUGAGAAACAUCAAGACGUUCUAUGUGCCUAUACUUUUGCUUUUCCGUUCUUUAGUUUUUCUCUUCGUUGGUCACUUUAUUUGUAUGGAGAUCUGUGUGAAAAUAUGAAACGUGAUUUUUUUUUCUCUUCGCCUCGCCCUAAGUCCAGGGUAACAAAUGAGCUAUGAUGUUCUGUCGAUAUAGUCUUCUCUCUUCUGAACGACAGACAGGCAGACAGACCAUGGCUAUAUAUUUUCUUGUAUGCUGUACAUGUGUAUUACCAUGGAGAAAGGACCGCUGAAGCAAGACAACAUGAAAAAUAUAGUCAGUCCCAAAUGGAAUCCUAUUCCCUAUUUAGUGCCCUACUUGUUACUAGAGCCCUAUGGACCUUGGUCAAAAAGUAGUGCACUAUAUAGGGAAUAGGGUGCCACGUUUUGUUUUCUUCUUCUAUUGUACAGUUCCAUAGAGCAACUGAAGGACAAAUUGCUACUUAACUCAUUGACUGUGGGUGGGUGUGGGGAUGGAAAGGGUACUUUUUACGAUAAAAUGUAAUAUAUUAUUUAGAGCACACCUAACUAUUAUUUAUGAAGAACAAUGUGAUCAUUCUGGACAUGUAGUUUAGUAGUGGGGGGGGGGGAAGAAAAACGACAUUUGGAAAACCCAUUCAAGAUCUCAUUCUCAAUACUGUUAGGAAGGUGUCCAUCCCAUUUAAUGACCUCUUCCUGUUGUCAUUCUCCCAUCAGCCACUUCAUGAUUGCAGUAUCAAUAUUAGGACAGACUCGGAGUCACAAGCAGUUAGCCCUAAUUUCGAUACCGUACAGGAUAGCACGUCCUCUCAGAAACGGAAGUCACCCGUAGUUACCUUGAGUUGCAAAAUUACACAGACACCUAUCAUGUCACAACUUACCCAAACGCUCUAGAUUGUCUGGAUAUUUGAAUAACAAGUGCAUUUGAUAAACUGUUAUGGAUGAUAGGCUAUGGUUAUAACCUGUUAUGGAUGACAGGCUAUAGGUUAUAACCUGUUAUGGAUGAUAGGCUAUGGUUAUAACCUGUUAUGGAUGAUAGGCUAUAGGUUAUAACUUGUUUUGUAUGACAGGCUAUAGGUUAUAACCUGUUAUGGAUGAUAGGCUGAGGUUAUAACCUGUUAUGGAUGAUAGGUUAUAACCUGUUAUGGAUGAUAGGCUAUAGGUUAUAACCUGUUAGGGAUGAUAGGCUAUAAAUUAUAACCUUUAUGGAUUAUAGGCUAUAGGUUAUAACCUGUUAUGGAUUAUAGGCAAUGGGUUAUAACAAGUUAUGGAUGAUAGAAUAUAGGUUAUAAACUGUUAUGAAUGAUAGGCUAUAGGUUCUAAACUGUUAUGGGUUAUAGGCUAUAGGUUAUAAACUGUUAUGGAUGAUGGGCUAUAGGUUAUAACAAGUUAUGGAUGAUAGGCUAUAGGUUAUAACCUGUUAUGGAUUAUAGACUAUAGGUUAUAAACUGUUAUGGAUGAUAGGCAAUAGGUUAUAACAAGUUAUGGAUGCUAGGCUAUAGGUUAUAAACUGUUAUGGAUGAUAGGAUAUAGGUUAUAACAAGAAAGGACCACACUCUUUUUACUAACAAAGCUGUGAUGACUGUUGAGAAGGUGAAAUAUCCAGGAAGAAUAAGAAGAAGUCCUAACUAUAUGUUCUUUGAAUUCAUACUUAAAAAUUGUCAAAACAUUUUUUUUUUGAAUUGUUAACCAAAUUAGAUUUAGUGAUUGCAAUAUUAAAAGUGUACAUUUUGUUCAUUUAAAGUGAAGAAGGGAAUAAAGACAUGAUUGCGUACCUUAUUAUUAUAAAGAGUAAGAAACAUCUUCUUCUUGUCUGUUUCUACCCACAACGUUGUAUACAAUUGCUGGUUUUGUAAUGCACUGUAGAGCAAGCAGUCCACUGUUCCUUUUUUUUUUAUAUAGAAAUGGUAUUUCAAUGGUGUAUUCUUUUGUUUGAUAAAUAAAGUUUUGAUACAAAAUGCCA